GGGGGUCGUCGUGACGCUCAGAGUCUGCCUGCUUGUCCUACAUAGCGAGGUUGUUGUAAAAAGAAAAGAGAGGGAGCGAGGGAGGGAGGUUUGCUGGCCGUCGCCCGGUCCAGGGAGGCCUGGCAGACCGGCAGGGACUCGGGGGCAUCUUCCCAUCCACGGCCCGGGCUGGGGAGUUGAGCGGGACCCCGGGGACGCCUUGACGCGGGGCGGGGAGGGGAGCGGCCGGCUCCGCAGAAGGCAGGGCGCUCCCCGGCAGGCGGCGCGGAGGGGGCGCUCCGGAGCAUCGCCCCUGCUUGGCUGGCUGCCUCCCGCUCCCGCCGCCUGUCACUUCCCCUGCUUUGCGCCGCCCGCCCGCGAUCCAGCUCCGGGUCAGGCCGUCCCUGCCCAGCGGGGGCUCCUCGAUCGCAGGCAGGCAGCGGCGCCCGGGCAGACGGAGCGCAGCGCUUGAGCCACCGGACGGACGGACGGACGGGCGAGCCAGCUCCGGAGUCCUCCGCCUCCUCCAGCUGCGCGGUCCCGUCUACCUCCCCUCCGCCGACUUCCGCGCCUCCGACCCGGGUAGGGGCUCCCCGGUGCGCCCCGGCCCUGCUCCGUUCCUCCCCGGGGCCUGCAGGGUUUCCGCCGCUUCCCAGCGCAGAAAAUCCCGGCAUGCUCCACACAGGUGGUCGAAGAUUCUGGGAAUUGAAGUCCACACAUCUGGAGAGUCCUUGGGCUGGGAAAGUUGUUUGAUGCCCACAAUCUCUACUCCGGAGAAAAUUUCUCCAAGGUACUGACUGCCCUUUCUUCUCUCAACAAAGCAACUGAAGAUCCAGGAAGUUCUACCAGGAAGCCAUGUUCUCAGCUGCCUUCUCCAGCCCCCGGUGACUGCCAGCCCCUGACCCAAGCCGCCUCAGCUCGGCCAUCAAGAGUGUUGCAGAGACAGUCAAGAGUCGGGGAGAUGACCGAAAACGGCAGUCACCAGCUGGUGGUCAAGGCUCGGUUCCAGUUCAAGCAGACCAACGAAGACGAGCUGACCAUCAACAAGGGGGACAUCAUUUAUGUCACCCGCACUGAGGAAGGGGGCUGGUGGGAAGGGACCCUUAAUGGAAAGACGGGUUGGUUCCCCAGCAACUACGUCAGAGAAAUUAAAUCCUCCGAUAAACUGCUCUCUCCUAAGGCUUUGAAAGGGGCUGAAAGUCCUCAACUUACCAAGAAUUACUAUGCUGUGGUGCUUCAGAAUAUUUUGGAAACGGAGCGAGAAUAUGCUAAGGAACUGCAGUCACUUCUAGGAACGUACUUGAAGUCUCUCCAGUCUUAUGACAAGCUGAGCGCUAUUGAUAUAGCAUCUUUGCUUGGAAACGUGGAAGAGAUCUGCAACUUUCAACAGACACUCAGCCAGGUCCUGGAAGAAUGUGCUAAGCUUCCCGAACACCAACAGAAAGUGGGGGGCUGUUUCCUGAGCCUGAUGCCCCAGUUUGCGUCCCUGUACCUCACCUACUGCACUAACCACCCAUCUGCGGUCAACGUCUUGACCCAACACAGCGAUGAACUGGAGAAGUUCAUGGAGAGCCAAGGGAUGGCCUGCUCUGGGAUACUGACCUUGACCACGAGCCUCAGCAAACCGUUCACACGGUUGGACAAAUACAUUUCCCUCCUGCAGGAACUUGAGAGGCACAUGGAGGAGGCACACCCUGAUCACGAAGACAUUUUGAAAGCCAUAGCGUCCUUCAAGUCUCUUGUGUCCCAGUGCCAAGAGAUGAGAAAGAGGAAGCAACUGGAACUACAGAUCCUUUCAGAAACCAUCCAAGGUUGGGAAGGAGAAGACAUCCGAUCCAUGGGCAGCGUCCUUUAUAUGUCCCAAGCCAUGGUCCAACCUGGAGGGAAUGAGGAGAAAGAAGAACGGUACCUCAUGCUUUUUCCAAGUGUUCUGCUGAUGCUCUCAGCCAGUCCUUGCAUGAGUGGAUUCAUGUACAAGGGGAGACUCCCCUUAAUAGGAAUGAUGGUGACCAAGUUAGAAGAUCUGGAAGGAAGUGAUCACGUUUUUGAAAUCUCAGGAAGCAUGGGAGACCGGCUCACGGUACACUGCAGUAGCAGCCACGAUUUCCACGAAUGGCUUGACCACCUGCAGAGGUUGACCAGAGGAACCACUUUCAGUGGUACCCUCUCGAAAACCCAAUCUUGGGGUUCCCAUUCUACUUUUAGCUCUACUGGACAAUUCCGUGGCCCACUGGAACCACCCCAGAUCCUCAAACCCUGGACCUUGAGUUGCCUCCGCCCAGCACCUCCUCUCAGGCCAUCGGUGGCUCUCAGCUAUAAAGAGCGGAUGUCCUACAUCUUAAAGGAUGCCAGCAAGAGUCCAAAGACGAUGAAAAAGUUCCUGCCCAAAAGGAAAACAGAGAGAAAGCCAUCGGACGAGGAGUUUGUCAUUAGAAAAAGCACAGCAGCUUUAGAGGAGGACGCUCAGAUCCUGAAGGUGAUUGAGGCGUAUUGUGCAGGGGCGAGUUUGCAGCAGAACAUCACUUCAGGGUCCCGCAAAGAUUCAGUCCCCCAGGUUCUACUUCCAGAGGAGGAGAAACUAAUCACUGAGGAAGUGCGGAGCAACGGGCAGACCGUGGCAGAGGAGAAGAGCCUUGUAGAUACCGUCUAUGCGCUGAAAGAUGAAGUCAAAGAACUGAAGCAGGAGAACAAGCGAAUGAAGCAAUGUCUGGAAGAAGAACUGAAAUCCAGGAAAGAUUUAGAAAAAUUGGUCCGGAGGUUAUUGAAACAAACCGACGAAAGUCUCCGGGAAGAAACGGGCCGCCGUUCCUCGGUGCUGGCCUGACCCCUCAGCCCCACUCGGGAAAGUUUGCAGCCGCGUCGCUCUCGCUCCCUCGCUCUUUGGAUGGGGAUCACGCCUGUUUCGCUUCUUCCCUUCGCUGCUUCUUCUUGCAGAAAAGAAAAAAGAAAAGAAAAAAAAAAGGCCAGCCGCAGCUCCAGCUGUGUUUUCCUCAUCCCAAAAGCCCAUUUUGCAUGCUGUUCAUGGCCGGUGAAGAUUCGCUCCAAAACAGUCGUUCCCAAAAGUCUCAAAAACGUGUCCCGGACUUCUGAGAUUGCAUCUUGUCCUAAAGAAUACACUCCUGGCGAGGGAUGGGUCACCACUCAGAGUGAAGGUUGCUGAGUGCAAAACGUUUAGAGGAAAUGCAGGAGGAAAAAAAAAACAAGACGCCCAUGGUUCCUUCCGUUCUCUUUUUGGUUUUAAAGCCUGCUUCUUAAUUUAUUGAGUGGGAGGGGAAAGCAAACUUGGUUUCUUGAACGGCAACCAAGUUAAAAACCAAACGAUGAUUUGCACUUCUUUUUUUCAGGAAAGCGAGAACGAGAAUUCCCGCCCUCUCCUUGAAACUGUGAGAAUUCCCUAUGUGUGGCCUUUCCGUAGAGGAUAUUAUGUAUGCAAAGGAUCUCAGAUUGGAGGAAUUUGAGUCCUCUGGAGUCACAACUUUCGGUUCCUUGCAAAGUAGCUCAGAUCCCUCAACGCUGUCUUCAAACAAAGCAGCCAUGUACAGUCACCUCUUCCCCUUGGUAGAGGGUCUCCUGCUCGAACAGGGGGUUGGACUAGAUGACCCCCAAGGUCCCUUCCGGCUCAAUUAUUCUGGUUUUAUGUUUAACCAUGGUAGCCUGAUUAUAGGGCGUCCUCGACUUACAACAGUUCAUUUAGUGACUGCUCAAAGUUACAACGGCCCUGGAAAAAAUGACCUAUGACCUUUUUCACACUUACGACCUAUUGCCGCACCUCCAGGUUCACGAGGUCAACAUUCAGACGCUUGGCAACUGACUCACAUUUACGACGGUCGCAGCGUCCCGAGGGUCAUGUGAUCCCUUUUUGCGACCUUCCGACGAGCAAAGUGAAUGGAUCAGCCAGAUUCACUUAACAACCACACCACUAAUUUAACAACGGCAGCGGUUCACUUAACAAAUGUCUCGCUUAACGACAUAAAUUUGGGGCUCAUGGUCGUAAGUCGAGGACUAUCUGUCUUGGGAAAAAACAGAGGAAUGUAGUAGCCACUUGUGGGACUGGGAGGUCCUGUUUUCCCUGCUAGCUUUGUCGCUAAAGUGAAGUCCAUUGGAUGAAUGCUAACGCCGGCUUCACUUUCCGUCCUUGCCCCCCUGGAAGGCCUUCUUUUUUAAAAAGUAAAGGACAGGUUUUCGAGUUCAGUUGUCAUCUUAUAAAGGAACUUCUUGAAAGGCUUCAAACCAUCCAGACCAGGGAUGUCCAACCUUGAUAACCUUAAGAUCUGUGGAACCUCAACUCCCAACUGUGCUGAUUGGGGAAUUCUGGGAGUUGAAGUCCACAGGUCUUAAAGUUGCCGAAGUUGGACCUCCCCUCCCUUUUCUAGACCAUUGGGAAGAGCGAUGGGGUUGAAGGCCGUGGCAAACAUUAGCCACGCAUCACUGAGCAUCGCCAGCUUCCGAGAACAGGCCUGGAGGCCCCUCUCCUCAAAACUUCCUAAAUUCAGCCGUGGGGAGGAAGAACGUCUAUCUGAACUGAAUGCUGAGAAGGUUGUCUGGGGCCUCCUGCAUGAUCCUUGGUGUCUUCACUUAUUUCUGUGCUUCCUUACUAUUACCAGCCAGGUGCUUCCAAAACCUUGGAUCCAUAUGUGUGCUAAGCAAUUCCAAAACUGUGGUCUGGCGCAUGUCGGGGUGGGUUGAAAUAAAUAUCCACAAAUCCACCACUCUUCAACUUUGAGGUGGCCCCCAGGAAAGAGCAGCUCCAACGUGGUCAGGAGGAAGAACGUUACGCUGAUCUGUUCUUGGCAGUCAUGGAAACCAUCGGAUCUCUGGGUACAAAAUAGGGGACAUCCCUAAGAUGGAAUGUAAGAAAGAGAUCUUUCCCAGUAGGGAAAAUUUUUUUUUGAUUUCCCCAGAAUUGCUAAUUUCUUCAGAAAACGAUAACAACCUUUGGACUUCCUUGGAGAGCAUAAAUUCCGCUUGGUCAUGUUUCCUCCAGCCAAGGAAAUAACUGUGUCCAGGCCUCCAAAAUUUAGGAAAUGCUGGCCUGUUCUCUGAAUUCAAUCUUUGCUUUCACUAAAUGCACCAGAUGUUAAUAUGUUUUGUGUGUGUUGUUCUAAGGAAAAUUAAGGCUGCAAGAUUUUCAGAGAAGGCCACUGAGAGAGCUUUUCAGAAAAAAUGUAUAGGAUUGUGCUGUUAAAAGCAAACAAACGGAAGAAUAUACAACUGUACUAAAGGAAUAGAAGCCAUUUGAACCUGAUUGGAUAAUAUACAUACAUACAUAUAUAUAUAUAUAUAAAUACAUAUAAAUAUAUAUUUACAGUUCUAUGUAAAUAGGUUUCUGUUAUUUGUUCCCUUCUUUGCUUUUCAGUUUCUCUCUUGUUGUGUUUUUAUUUCUGGCCACAACAACUGAUGCAAUCAAGCCCCCUUUUUCUAAAAUAUUUUUAUUUUGAGCAAUUUUUAAAUUUUGGUUUUCAAGGAAAUAAAAGAGGAUUUUCAAAAGAAAA